AUGGAUAUUACUUCCUUCGUACCUUUGCAGAGUUCCAAUGUGUCAGCAACCUCUGUGGUUGAAACGGUCCAUCGUUUACUGACGCGCUCACACUCGGAAAGGGAGUUAAAUCAUGUGCCGUGUGAGCCAACGUCGAGUGGUGGCUUCGAGUCUGAAAGUCAUUCUCUUCCUGCUCCCGUCGGCUCUUCUUUUAAUGAGAAAAGGCAGCCUGAGUUGACUUCCAGCAAAGCUCACGAUGGUAAAAGUGCGGGGGGCGGCGCAAAUCAUUCGACCUCUUCUAGCUCAGUGUUACCGUCAUCAGGGAAGAAUCCUGAUUCCUCUUCCCGAAAAGUUGGCCGUUUCACUAGUAAAAGGGUACGCCUCCCUGCCACUGUAGAGGAUCUCGUAUCGUCGUACGAGGUUCUUUAUGAGCAACAUGAGGCACAAAAAGCGCUACUGGAUACCCUUUACAAGGAGGUGGGCCGCCUCGCGGAAAACGACUCUCCCCCCGCGAGAAUGUCCCUUAGAAACGUGCGGCGCAUCGGUUCGAGAUCCCCGGAGGUCGCGGCCGGGGCUCCGCUUGUGAACGCGACUCCCGCGAUCGGGUGUGCGCUUUCUGUGGAGCAAACUCCUGCCGUCCAUAGUGCGGGCAGCGACGAUCCCGUGGUGGGUGGGGUGGUCUUUGGACGGGUUGUUCCCAUUAAAGAGGUAUCGACUAGCAGCGUCAAGGGCAAUGUUGUGGAAGCCGCUGUUGUACUGCCUAGGGAGCAACCGAAGCCGUUGGAGGCCUCAAAUGGUAGGUUCGCUUCUUCGCAAGGCGGCGAAGGCUGCGUCAGUGCGAACUCUACGUCGGAAGGGUCUGAAAAGGUAAAUGUGAUGCUCCAAGCAAAGGUUCUGGCAAUGGAGGCUGCCCAGCAUCUCCUUGCUUCCACACAAAUUCAGGUGCAGCAACAGGUACAGGAACGACAUCGGUUAGAGGAAGAUCUUAUUGAAGCACGCGAACAACUUCACAUGAUACAGGAGGAAAAUGCUGCGCUUCGUUCCGCAUUCCAAUCCCAGCAAAUUGAUGGUAAUGGCUUGGCUAGUUUAGGAGUGGAAGAAGCGCAGCAUCUUAUGACUCUUUUGCAGUCAUCUGCAUCGUCUGCGCAUACUUUAAAGGAUGAACUAAAGUUAAUGAAAGAAACCAUAGACUGUGUGGAAUAUCGCGAAAGCCAGCUUAAAGUACAGUUAGAAACUCUUCAGACGCAGAACGCUUUUUUUAAUGAAAAGAGUAUGCAAUUAGAGGGCCAGCUGCAUCGUCUUCUCUCUCGCGACUUCAUGUGUGAAAUAAAUCAAAUACCUUUGCCAUCUUCGGUCAGGCCUAACCAAGGUGGUGCCAACAUGUCGAUUGGUGUAGGUGGGAACGGAUGGGGUCAGCCAAGCCCCGGUACUGUGCCCCAAUUAACCCCUUUAGAACGGUAUAAUACGGAGACCCUCCAAAGACAAAUCAACGAACUGCGAACGAUUGUAGAUCGACUCCAGCAGAGCAAUACAAAGCACGAGGCGACACGGACCAAUAUGGAAUCCCAUCUUCGCGCGCUUACCAAGGAGAACGGCACAUUAAAGCAGAACCUUUUGGAGUACCGCAGUAAGCUUAACAAUAUGGAAUUGAACCUCGAGAAUGACGAAUCGCUUAGGACUUAUGAGGAACGCUGCCGUAGCGCCGAAAAGGAAGCGUUACGCCUGCGACAAGUGCUUAACGAGCGUAAAGGGAAAUAUGACAGUCAGGUGUGCGAGCUCAAGAGGCGGAUUGACCGACUGGAGGUCCGGGAUGGACUUUACGGGCGGGCCACCACUCGCCUCCUGACGCAGAACGUCUCGGCAACCAUCCAACGGCUGGCAGAUGACGAGUUAAGCCGGCAGGCCGGGAGGAGGGAGACAUCCCCAAGGGCUCCGGAGGGUCGCGAGGGGAUGGGCCCGGCAAAGGAGGUGGUGAGGGAGACGUCUUCAAUGGCCCCAGAUGCGCCGUCGACCCUUGCGCGGGAAUCCGUCCCACAGUCUUCCCCCGCGACGGCGGGGAACCGGGCGGAGAUCCGCCGCUUGGAGCAGCUCAACCGGGAGCUGCGGCAGGCCCUGGCGCGCUCGCAGGAGGAACUUCAAACGAAGGCUCGCCUGCUUGACCGGGCGCACCGUACCGCCUCCAACAAUUCACUGGGCGGCAACACCUCGUACCGGGCGCUUUCGCUGCGCCAGGAUCCCUCAACUCUCAUUGAGCUCUGCAGCGUCGGCGACGCCAGCCUAAACGAGGCGCCGCGGCGGGAUGCGUCGGUGAGGUGCGAGCUUACCCAUCAGGGCUGCGCGGACCUUUCUCUCGAAGAGGCCUCACACAUGCUCACCGAGAUCGAACAGCGCUAUAAUCCAGAGCGUCUCGACUCCUUUGAGGCGGUGAAGCUCGAGAACUCGGCGCUGCUGCUGCGCUUGUCGAUCUUACAGCAAGAAAAAUGGACUUCUGCAUCACAGAUUGAAGCUCUCCAGUCCAACUGCGCCGCGCUGCGCGAGGAUCUCCAGCGGGUUAUGAGUUCUAAAAAAGGCCUGCCUCAGGCGGAAGCAGCAGUAGGGCCGCUACGUGGUCUCCAGAGCCUUUUACAGACGACCCUUUCGGAAAAACUAAAGCUCGAGGAGACGAUAAAAAUAUUGCAGUCCCAAACACACUAUAGCCUUUCAAAUACUAAUUAG